UUUUCGUCCUCUAUCAGAGUGCUUUGCCUGGCUGGAGAGCAGAGAAAACAGAGAUUCUCCUCACCUGCUCCCUUCACCCCCCCCUUUCUCCUCCAUGUGUACCUGCAGCACUAGACUGCACUGCAUCAUGGGUGCUGCUGAGGCCAUGCCAAAACCCAAUUUGGAUUGUGUCCAGCGCUUCAUUGGAAA